UUGUUCUGCUAAAACUCUACAGGUAAAUCAGAAAAGAUGUACUUUGUGAUUUGGGUGAACUGACCCUUUAGGUUUGCAGCAGCAGCAGCAGCAGGUAUCACUAUCUCUGCAUGUGCUUAUUGCCCUCCGGUCCACAACAUGAAUGUGACUCGGGUCAUUUGUUCUCGUCUAUGUUUAGCUGCUUCUAUUUUGAAAGCUGUGAAACAAAUGAUCCUCCCAGAAGAGUGAAGCGGCUUCGUGCUGGGUCACUUCGAUUCCAGCUCCGCUUCAAGACUCUUUUUUUUUUUUUUUGGAUCCGCUUCAGCCUCUUGAGUCAUUUUCAUGGAGGAUAUUUUCAAAGAACAGUAAUGUCAGCGCACAGCAGUGAACCAGAGGACGGCAGCAGCUGGGAACCUGCAGACAGUGGAAGGUUUCCGCCUUGUUCUGCUUCUGGUCUCGUCUCAGCGAGGUUAACUGUGGUGGUUGGGGACACUCACUUCUCCGAGGAGAAGAUGUUACUUGUUCAGAGCUGCGACUACUUCCAAGCUCUGUAUCGCUCCGGGAUGAAGGAGUGUCGGCAGGAGGAAAUCCACCUCAAGUCUCUGCGAGCCCGAGGCUUCCUCAUCGCCUUGGCGGUUCUACGAGGGGAGAUGCCGGUCCUGGAUGCCGACGACAUCGUUGAGGCCAUUGAAUGCGCCGCCUUCCUGCAGGUGGCGCCGCUCACCAAACAUCUCAUCAACCUCAUCGACUCUGAUAACUGCUUGCUGAUGUAUCACACUGCUGCAACCUUCGGCCUCAUGGAUCUGUACCGCAGCGCCGCGCUGUUCAUCCGAGACAUGUACGGCGACCUGGAGGCGGAGGUCAGGAAAACUUUACCGGCUGAGCUGAUCUCCUACGUGGAGUCUCUGACCCCGAGUGUUUUCGUGGCUGUAGGCGCCCACGUGACCUGCGGCGUGGAUGAAACCAUACACGCUGCCUCCAGGACGGUCUGCUACCUGGAUGAAACUGGCAAUAAUUGGAAAGUAUUAACAGAUCUUCCACUAGAGGCCAGCACCUCCAUGGCUGGAGUGACCGUUUUAGACAACAAGCUCUACAUCGUCGGAGGAGUUCAUGGCGUCCACAAACAAGUCGUGGACUCUUGUUUCUGCUACAGCGUUGAAAACAACAGCUGGAGCCGGAUCCCGGGUCCGGCACAGAUGCGCUACAAUCUCAGCCUUGUCGGUGCAGACAGUCGGCUUUACGCCAUCGGAGGAGAAUACGAGCGAAAGGUGAUGUCAUCUGUGGAAAUGUAUGAUAUAAAGACCGGAAGCUGGACGUUCGCCGCUCACUUACCUCGGCCAGCGGCGGGAGUGGCAUGCACCAAAGCUAUGAGAAGAAUAUUUGUGUGUCUAUGGAGACCGAUGGAGACCACGGAGAUCUACGAGUAUGUCCCAGGAAAAGACGAAUGGCGGCUCGUUACCACGCUGAUCAGGCACCAGAGCUACGGCCACUGCGUGGUCGGCCACAGGGACAACUUGUACGUCAUGAGAAACGGGCCGUCUGACGACUUCCUGCGAUGCCUCAUGGACUGUUACAAUCUAAGCUCGGGCCAGUGGUCGUCGCUGCCGGGACACUUUGCCAACAGCAAAGGUUCACUGUUCACCGCCGUGGUGAGAGGCGACUCUGUGUUCACCCUCAACAGGAGCACGACUCUGGAGUACGGCGUCGACGGCAAAACCUGGAAGCCCCGACGGCAGAUGAAGGGUUUCCCGAGAAGUGGAUCAGUGUGGACGUUUCUGCUCCGGCUGCCAAACUCUGUCACGCUGCAGGAGUGACUUCAUUUGAAUGGAUUGGAUUGGAAUAUGUUUUUUUAUACUGACCUACACUCCGAUAAAUGUAAAGGACGGUUACCAUUUAUUACAACUAUGGGGUUUCAUAGUCAGUAAUGAUAAUAAUGUUCUCACCAAGGUGUUUGCUGAGAUCUGAGGACAAGGUGACAACCCAAAGAAGUCAAACAUGGUCUAUGAAUGGUGUUUCCUGUAGCACUGCCCUCUUGUGGUUGGGUUAGGGUAAAGCUGAGUUUAAGACGGGGUUAGGGGAAACAGAAUCAAUAGUCCCGUAUCCGGUGAUCUGAUUGACGCACCAAUUGAUAGUCAUUGGACAGAUAAUUAAUAGUAGGUGUAUCCUAUCCUUCAGAAAGACAGUUAAUCUAUAUAUUUCCACACUGUCAUUAUCUCGAAACCAAUGAAACAUAAGUGCAGGCUAUAUAUCCUUACGUGUUAACUAAAUCUUGGUAUUAGCCACAUUUCCACAAAAUAGAAGUCAACAAAACACAACUGUGAAAUGUUCUGUGUUUCCACUGAGUGAUGUUAUGUGAAUGAAUCUGGGUUUUCAUCAUCAUUCCAGUUUCCAGGGCUUUAUGGUCCGCGCUCCACCAGGUGAGCUACCGGGGACCCUUGAGAGGGCUCCUGGGGGUUCCCAGCAAAAAAGGGGAAUAAUUUAUUUUCACUAUAAUUCCAUCCAUCUGGGUUUCUAACACUUUCUGUAGUAAAACAUCUAAAGGCAAAAAUCUUAUCAGAUAGUGGUACGUUGUCUAAUUUGUCAGUUUAGAGGUCCAUGAUUUUAAAAAAAAGUGUGUAAAAACGGUUUAUUUUUUCCAUCCAUAUUGAAGAACCCAAAAUACAUCCACACACUGAUUCUCAGACGCUUCGGGGUAAUGAUUGUCGCCCUGUAAUAUCCUUCUUGUUAUAGAUUGUUAUAUGUUCUUGUUUGUCUGUUUACUGAUAUUCAUGUUUUUUAAAUCUCUUUAGUUUACAUGAGAAACUGUUUUUCAUCUAGGACUGAAAACAUUUUGGAUAAAACUGUGAUUUAUAUGAUAGAAAUCAGUCACUUCAGGGGAAUCGUUGGAGAACAAAAAACAGAGUUUACUAAACGUCGUCCACCAUCAUCAGAAUGUGUUUAAUGUGUUUAAUAAAUGUGUGUUUCAUCAGUGUGUCCCUCAGUGUGAACUCCAGUGUUCGUCCUCACACAGAGCUUCUGUUUCCUGCAGCAGCCACUGUUUCCUGUUGGCACCGAGCGGCGAUGAUGAUGAUGAUGAUGGAGGUUCACGGCAGGCAGAGCCAGGCACCACGGGCAGCUGGGCGGGACGCCAGCAGCAGCAGGCAGCGAUGCGAAAUCUGACCCCGAAUAAAGAGAGAGAGAGAGAGAGAGAGAGAGAGAGAGAGAGAGACGGGGGUCAGGCCGGGACACGGCGCUCGGGCCGGCUU